CCGAAGGAAACCGUAAUUUAUCCUAAGAACACUGCCUGCUUGGUAUUCUUUGGUGUUCUGCAGGAUCGCUGCUGAUAUAGAAACAUCUUAAAACUUUUGGGCAGCCUUAAUUCUCUUGUGCUUCUCCCAUUCUCAAUAGUGGCUCCCUAUCACAGAACUGGUCUACACCCACUAUUGCCGAAGUCCCUCUUUUGGUGCUUCAUAGUCCCUGAGAGUCAGUAGUGGCCAGCACAAAUCCCAUACCUUGGCUGCCUGGGCCUUCCUCUCUAGACCUUUGAGGCACUGGCCCAAAGCAGUUACUCUUCUUUUAUUCCUUCAGUUUAUAACUUGGUGAUUCCAGAUCUCUCCCCAAUUAAGGUCCUACACCUGGGGCUCCCCUUAGACCUCUGAGAACUCAGGUUCAGUUCUCAGGAGUCUCAGGCCUUCUAGCUAAGAAUAAGCCUUCUCUUCCUUGUCCAGUCCUUUAUUGCCACUGCUGUCCUCAUGGAGACCUCUGGGUGGGCCAGGCCUUACCCUGUCCUCGCUGUCCUUCCGAGUGGGGUGAGUCUUGGAGUAGCAUUUCUCAGUGGGGGUGCAUCACGCACUAGCUGUGAUGUGUUCUGUGAAGUAAGGGUUCUGACCACAGAUUUGGGGGAUAUUCUCUUGCCUUCUAGCACCUAGUGGCAUAUUCAGGACUCUGAGACAUCAGACACUAAAGGAACCUCUUAGGUUUGAUUUAAUCCAUUAUCUCCCAGACUGAACCCUGUUUAAUAUUGUCCACUUGCUCCCCUCAAAAAUUUGGUGGUUGUGGACGUUAAAAGAUCUUGUCAACUGAACUGGGAAUGUAGCUCAGUGGUAGAACACUUACCUGGCAUACAUGUGUCCCUGGGUUUGAGUCCCAAUGCUGCACACACAUACACACACCAAAAAAAAAAAGAUUUUUGUCAACCAAACUUUCUCUUUAGUUGCUGUUUUAUUCAUGUCACCAUUUUUGUUUUGUGUAGAUUUUAUUGCAAUGCUAGAGAUCAAACCCAUGGCCUCAUGAAUGCUAGGCCUUUGCCACUGAGCUUAUAUCCCAUCCUCAUAUCUCCAUUUAUGUUUAUUAAAAAUGUUUAAAACUUUGUAUUAGCAUGCAAUACAUUUAUCUUAGCUAAUGUCCAUUGAUUGUCUACUACAGUCUUGUGCUCUGUGAAAGUGGGGAUUGAACUCAUGGAUGGUCUACCACUGAACUACAUCCCAAGUGGUUUUUUGUUUUGUUUUGUUUUAAAUCUUGAGAGAGGGUCUCACUAAAUUGCUGAGGCUGACUUCAAACUGGCGAUCCUCUUGCCUCUGCCUCCUCAGUUGCUGGGAUUACAGGCAUACACCACUACACCCAGUCCUUCCAGUUUUUAUACCAUUCCCCAUUCCUGGGAGAUGGCUAUUGUUCCCCUCCCUAUUUUAUGGAUGAGCCAGCAGGUUAGAAGUUAGGUGGCCUGCUACAGAGUGCUAUAUUUGAAUCCUGAGUCCAUUCUCUUAACCACUAUUGGUUACAAAUUACUUAUUGUUUUUGGUAACCUGCAUCUUCUCAUAGGUGAUUGCACUCUUUAGCUGGGGAUUGAACUCAUGGCUUUGUACAUACAAGGUAAGCACUCUACCAACUGAGCUAUAUCCCCAGCCCUAUUGCACUCUUUAGCAAAAAAGGAUUUAGGGGGUCCUGUGACUCCCCCAGGUGGUGACUCUUUGUCUUUGCCUCCUUCCUGAGGCCGUUUUUGGUGUUGGAGCAGCUCGCUGUCAUAACACUCCUACAAAAGUGCUGCCACCUGUACAGAGUGGGGGCUCCUCAAAGGCACCCCACUCCAUACUCUCAGUUCUUUACUAGAUCUGGUACUGACUCAGCUGUUGUUUACCUAAUGUUUAUUUUUUAUUAUUAAUUUAGGGGCAUUAAGUUCAUUUACAAUAUUUGUGUCAUUACCACUUAGAUUUUAAAUCACCUUUUCAACUUCAUUCUAACCACUAAUAAUUUGUAAAAUCAAAUUUGAUAUCCUAAUUAUUAUAUUUCGGACAUACAUAAAAUUACAGAACUAUUAACAUGAAAUGUCCAUUGAAUGCCUUUUCAGUGUUCUAUAUUUCAUACUUUGAGAAAGUGGGGUGACGGGGGUCAGGGCCUUCCUCCAUGGACUCCUAGGCCUGAUUGUUCUGCACAAGAGAAGUCCUCUCCUGCCUAGCUAGAUUUUACGUUCUGUGACUCAAGAGGAAAGUGGUAGAACUUCUCUUUUAGUCUUUGUCUUGGGAUUCCUGUGUUCCUGAGAUAGAACUUUAUGUGAAAAUAGAAUAUUAUGUACUACUUGAGCAUCUUUCAGUUAACAUCAGACUUAAAAGCUGUUGUUUCUCUUAAUAAUAAUUUAUCUGGGACUGGGGAUAUAGUGUGGUAGAACACAUGUCUAGCAAGCACGAAGCCUGGGGGUCAAUCCCCAGCACCACAAAAAAGAAAACCCCCAUAAAAGAAUAUGCAUGGGGUACAGUAGUGCACAGUGCACACCUGUAUUCCCAGCAGCUCAGGAGUCUGAGACAGGAGGAAUAGUAAGAGGACCCCAAGUUCAAGACCAGUCUCUACAACUUAGCAAGACCCUAUCAAAAAAAAAAACCUGGGGAUGUAGCUCAAUGAUAGGGGUAUCCCUGGGUUCAAUCCUCAGUACUGAGGGUGGAAAAAGAGAGGAGGAAGAGAAAGAAAGAGUAUGCCAAAAGUAGUUCUUUGAGCUUUAUGUAUUUAUUUAUUUGCAGAACUAGGGAUUGAACCCAGGAGCACUACUUUACCAUUGAGCUACUUCUCCAGUCUUUUUUUUUUUUUUUUUUUUUUGGAGUUGGUCUUGCUAAGUUGCUUGGGCUGACCACAACAAAUUUGAUUCUCCUGCCUCAGGCUCCCCUGAGUAGCUGGGGUUAUACUUGUGCACUGCACGUAGUCAUAUCUGGCAACUUCUGGCAGGGGGAUCGUGUACUAGGGAUUGAACGCAGGGGUGCUUAACCACUGAGCCACAUCCCCAACCAUUUUUAUUUACACAGAAUCUCUCUAAGUUGCUGAGGCUGGUCUUGAACUUGCAAUCCUCUGCCUCAGCCACCUGAGUCACUGGGAUCACAGGUGUGCCUCCAUGCCCAGCUUAACCUUUUUUAAAUUAGACUUUUACAUCUUUAUAAUCAUAAAGCUGUACCUUAAACAGUUUGUAUUCCUCUUCAAAGCCUUUCUCCUUGCUACAGAUGGAUCAGCACUUACUUUUUGCCACAUUGCUGUUUCCUGUCUGCAGUGACUGUAAGUACACGGCUUUUUAUAACUCACAUACUGUGUUCACCUGAGCGGCUCAGUCUCUAAUGAGGAAAAAGAAUGGCUCCGAUGGGAAAGGAAUUAAAGACCAGGUUGCUUUCACCUCUGGGAACAUCAAACUCUAAUGUCUGGUAACAUUUCCUCAGGAGAAGUCAUAGAGGGCUUUGUCUUGCACCUUCUACCUUCUUCAAGCAUUUUCUUCCCUUCAUAGGAAUCCUCUCCAGCCCCUACCUUCUGGUGUUAAUUUAAGGUUCUUGUUUUUCUAAAUCAAGAGUCAGUCUUGGGAACGAAAAUUGAAUAUAUUCAACUCGGAAAGGCCACCCUGACACUGCUGAAACCUUUCACUAUCCCAUCCCCACUCUCUGAGAGUCCCACUAACUUGAGGUCACUUGAAAUGUGGGGGAAAAAAAGAAAAGCUUUACAAGCCAGGCGUGAUGGCACACACCUCAAUUCCUAAUGACUCAAAGGUAGGAGGAUCACAAGUUUGAGGCCAGCCUGGGCAACUUAGCAAGAGACCCUAUCUGAAAAUUAAAAAAAAAAAAAAAAAGCUUUACUGAGAUAAUUUACAUACCACCUCAGUACACCAAUGGAUCAUCUAUGUAAAGCAUAUCAUUCAUUGUUUUAUAGAGUGAUGCGGCUAUUGCCACAGCCUAAUUUUUAGAUUAUUUUUGUCACCCUAAAAAGAUUCUAUAUCCCCUUUCCCUGCCCCUGCAAUCACUAAUCAACCACUGGAUCUAUUCUGGAUGUUUCAUGUAAAUGCAGUCAGAAGACCUAUGGCCUUUGUCUGCCUUUCAGUUUGCCUACCUCUUAAGGCAUUUUCUCCUUUCUUCUCCAUCCUGAGAAUGAAUCACAUCAUGGUCCUUGUACUAUCCACCCUUCUGUUCCUAACCCUUCUGAGCUGGUCUCCCUGAUCUCAUCUCGUUUCUGCAGCCCUUCUCCCACUUCUUAAGCUCCCAUGUCUUCCUUAUGUGACAUGUUAUCUGCCUCAUCCUGAAUCUUGCAGCCCUUGUCCCAGAUGAUUAUCCAUUAGCCACUGAAGCUAUUUAAGUUCAAAUUCAAAUUAAAAUGUCAGUAGCUCAUGUUCACUAGCCACGUUUCAAGUGUUCAAAAGCUGCAUUUGACCACGCUAUCUUAUUGGACAGGGCCAACAUAGAACAUUUCGAUCAUUGCAGUGGUUAGGACCAUUUAGACAGUUGGCUUCCUUUUAAGAAAACAAAAUCACCACUAUUUACUGAUCUUAGCCCCAGCUCUGGUACUCCCAGCGGGUAGGAGCACCGAAAGGUAGAGGCUGAGGCACAGAGAAGAUGCAGCUCCUUCCUAACACAUGGAUAAUAGUAGGAGAGUUGGAUUUUUUUCUUUUUUUAGUUGAUGGAUCUUUAAUUAAUUAAUUUAUAUGUGGUGUUGAGAACCAAACCCUGUGCCUCACAUAUACUAGGCAAGCACUCUACUACUGAGCUUCAACCCUAGCCCCGAGAAUUGGAUUUUAAUUCAAGAGGCCAGGCUGACUCCAAAGUCCCUGUAGAACAUGUUCCUUUGGGGUCUCGUGGUGUGCCCUGGGGUGUCCAACUUAAACUCUACCUUCAGAAUGGAGCUUCAAGAAGGCAGAAACCAUGUUCCUACUGGCCGGCAGAUGAGUAUUUAGUAAACAUUUGAAGAGUGAGUAAAUGAACAACACCAGAAGAUGAUAGGUGCUUUGUCCAAGAGCUUUCUGGUGGCUUUUCUUCUCAACCAUAUCAGAGUUAUAUGCAGUUUGAUCUUUUAGAAAUUGCUAUCUUCAUAAUGACAUUUUUGCAUCCAGUUUACAGAUUCUUAGCUACCAGUCAGUACCUGAAUUCAUAGACCUUCUGUGGCCUUGAAACAGAAAUGAUGGCCAAGUCCCUCAAAGGUGCUUUACAGGAAUUCUGGAACUACAACUUUGAAGGCUGGCAAGGCACCUCACCAGGGUCUCUACCCUCUAAGGAAAUUGGUGCUGGUCCCAUCCCCUGUUUUUCAGGGCCUUGCGCAGUUGGUAGUUCCCCUUGGCAAUAGGGGAGGUCCCUGAGAGAAGGGAGUCUACUGUGGCUCUUCAGCCCCAGGAGUGCUAACAAUAAAUUGUGUGGGUGGCACAUGCCUGCAAUCCCAGUGACUUUGGAGGCCGAGGCAAGAGGGUUGCAAGUUUAAGGCCAGCCUUAUCAACUUAGCAAGGCUCUAAGUAACUUAACAAGACCCUGUCUCAAAAAAUUUAAAGGGCUGGGGGUAUCAAUGAUAAAUCAUCCCUGCAUUCAGUAUCCAGUAACACACACAAACACAAUUCUCCAUCUUGUAGCCCACUGAUAACUUCAAACAAAGGGGCCAGGGUGAGGGCAGUGGUUAUGCUGUUGGGACUUUUUCUUAAAUGUACAAAAAUAUGUACAUACAUAAUUUUUCUCUUUUUUUUUAAAUAUUUAUUUAUUUAUUUAUUUUCGUUUUCGGCGGACACAACAUCUUUGUUUGUAUGUGGUGCGGAGGAUCGAACCCGGGCUGCACGCAUGCCAGGCGAGCGCGCUACCGCUUGAGCCACAUCCCCAGCCCCCAUAAUUUUUCUUAAUGAGAUCAUAAUACAGAAUGUUCUGUAGCUUACUGUUUUCAGGUGCUGUCACGGGCAGCCUUCCAACUGCAUAUGAAGGUGUCUGUCUACCACUUUGAGAGGCCACGUUGCAUUUCAUGGCAUUGACCACCUCCUGUUGGAUUCAGGUUAUUUCUGUUGUUUUUUUUUUUUCCCACUAUUAUAAAUAACAGCCAGCAGAGAGAUUUGGGGUGCAACAUCUUGUCUUCAAAGCAAGCUUACACUUUGUCAUUUCAUUUGGAUAUCAUCUCUUGCCAGAGAGGUAAUAUCCCCAUUUUAUAGCUGGGGAAAAUAAUCUAGGAAGGAGAGACUUUUCCACAUAUCUCACUAAUCUUGGUGGGAAGGUGGCUGGCUGGGCCAGUGAAAGGUGACCAAUGUAAGAUGAAAGGUGGCGUUUGACUUCAGUGUUAGGUUAAGAAUAGGGAGUGAUGGGUGCUGUGGAUGAAAGAGACAUUAAUUAAGUCUCUUAGGGCCAGACACCAACAACUUGAAGUGUUAAAGUGACGCCCAGGGUUGUGUGAGCUUCUGGUCUUGAACUAAAGUGGGAAAUGCACAUUAUACAUGAAAUAUCUCGGUAAAAAGUGUUGCAAGAUCAUGACCCCUGCUUCAGGCCUGAAUUUAACUGUUUUUGUUUUUGUUUUUGUUUUUUGUCCUGAUUUAUAAUUUAAUGGGGGUAUGGGGGCAGGGAUUGGUUUUGUUUUCUGAACUUCUUGCCUCUUAUUUAUUUAUUUGUUUGUUUUAUUAAUUGGCAGCUCUGGGGAUUGAACCCAGAGCCUCUUGCAUGCUAGUGAAGUGCUCUACUUACUACUGGGUCACACCCUCAUUGUUACCUUCUACCUGAGCAAGGCACGUACAUAGUGGCCUUGAAUGAGACAAAAUUCCUACUUUUGAUUCUAAAACAGGAGUCCAAAAUAUGAGUUUUAUGGCUGGUAUUUAAUGCAGCAGAUAAUUAAGAGCCCCCCCAAGGCCCCAACUGUUCUGCAGCCCUGUGAAGUUAAAUGGCCCAGAAAAGAUCAUUUUUGUGGCUUUCCACCAUACAAUUCCCAGUGGCCUUUUGUCCACUGGGCACUGGUGAGCAAGUCUUGACAAUUUUCACCUCUUCCCCUAUCCAUGCUGUUGGCUAGAACCCAGAGCCUCGUGCAUGUCAGGCAAGCAUUCUACCCUCUGAGCUACAUCUCCAGCCCUGCUCACUUCCCUAAUACAAUUCUGCCCCCAGGCCACAGUUUUGCUUAAUGUUCCCAGUGACUUUAUUGUGUGUCAGGCAGACAUCGCUAUAAAUUCUCAAAAUGUGUCCAGUUCCCCACUUUUCACUUUUCUCCUCCUUCUCCAUUUUCCUCUAGGAAACAGUAUCCUGGUUAGGAGUGGGACUCCUAAAGCCACGUUACUUCGGUUCUAGUACCAGCUGUGUCUCUAGAUUGCAGUGUGUUCUUUCACUCUCUGACUUGGGUUGUCUGUAAAGUGAAAGGAAUGCUUAACUCAGAACAUGUAGUUGGAUUUCUUUUCUUGGUCUCCUCUCAGUCUGCCUGUGUCUGUUCAGUGACAGAGAUAAACCACAGGGCCCCUCCCCCACCCAAAGGAACAUGACCUCCAUCCAACUAGACCGUAGCUGAAUUCUGGAAAAAUUACUCAGAAGUAAAAUUUCUGAAGGAAACAAGGUAUUUUAUCUAAAACAAGCAGGUGUGGCAGUCCCUAUCAUGGAAGUCGGGGGCAGGGGAAGCCUUUAUCCUGUCACUAGAGUUCCCCAGGUACCUGGAAGGACAGUACUGGCAGCCCAUCCUCUCCUUCCUGCCAGACUUGUGGGUGGACUGCUGAGUGGAGGGAAUCUACUGGCUCUGCAGCACUUUGCUGUGGGCUCACUAAGAUCAGAGGAAGGUCCAGGAGCUCUCUUGCCACCAGCAGUUCCUGACUGGCCUCUGAACCUCCCCUCUUGCAAUUUCUUUCUCAGCUUCCAGUGGCCCAGGCCUAAGAGCACUUUCCCCAUGGUGAGUUCUGGUGACCAGGCCAGCCACCUGACCAUGAGCCUGCUCUGAUGUCCUCUCUACUUCUGCUUGUAUAGGGACUCUGGACCAUUGAACCCUGAGCCAUUCACUUCUGGCUCCCAAAUUACCCCUCUGAAUCUGUUUUCCUCAGUUUCCCUCAGUUUCCCUCAGAUGGUGCAGGCCAUGGCAGAUUUGCUGCUAAGCCUGCAGCGUUUGCUUCCACUUUCAAACUUAAAACAGUGCUUCCUUCCCUUCUCCCCCAUUUAUUCAUUCAGCGUAUUUAUUGAGUGGCCACUAUGUACAUGCCUUGCUCUGGGGGUACAGUCAGUGGUGAAUGAGACACUAAGUUCCUGCCCCUGCAUUUGAGUGGGAAAAAAGACAUUAAGCAAAUAACUUUCUAAUGAAUAUAUAACUAGAGAUAAUUCUAGUUAUAGAGAGAAUUCUGUGAGAAUAAUAAGCUGAUUCAUCUUAAGUAGGACUCUCACUAGAGCAUAUGUAUGAAGGAUGAAGGGAAUCAAGAGGUCCGGUUCAGCAAUUCUUCAAAAAGGUUUGUACAGUUACCAUAUGACCCAGAAAUUCCCCUUCUAAGCGUAUAUCCAAGAGAAAUAAAAGCAUGCCCACACACAAAUUUGUGCAUGGAUGCUUAUGACAUCAUUAUUCAUGACUAUUCAUAAUGGCCCAAAAAGUGAAAUAACCCAAAUACCUAUCAGCUGACACAGUGAUAAAUAAAAUGUGAUCUAUCCAUACAAUGAAUAUUAACCAGCUCAGUGGUAGAGCACUUGCCUCGCAAGUGUGAGGCACUGGGUUCAAUCCUAGCACCACAUAAAAACAAAUAAAGGCAUUGAGUCCAUAUACAACUAAAUAAAUAAGUAAUUCUCACAGUUGCAGAAGGUGUGUUCAAGGUGUCGGCAGCGGUGGUUUCUCCUGAGGCCUCUCCUGGGCUUGGACAUUGCCAUCUUCUACCUUCAUGUUCACAUGAUCUCUUUGUGUCUGGGUCCUAAUCUCUUCUUAUAAGGACAUCAGUUAUACUGGAUUAAGGCCCACCCUAAUGACUCACCUUUCUAUUUCCAAGUAUAGUCACAUUCUGAGAUUCUGGAGGUUAGGACUUCAUAUGAAUUAGGGUGGAGGCACAAUUCAACCAUAACCAAUGGGAUGAGAGUAACUGCCACCAGACACAGGUCAUCUUCUGGGGAUGAUGACAGUGUUCUGAAAUUUGUGGCACAACUUUGUGGAUACACUAAAAAAACAUGGAAUUAUCCACUCUGAAAACAAACAAGCUUCGCCCUGGGGCAGGAAGAAGCCUGGCAACGGAGGAGAGAAAGUGGGGGGUAAGCAGAGGCCCUACCACCUGGGGCUCCUCUUUCAACUCAAGAGCAUUAGUGCUUCAAAUAUCUGCUCCCUCCCUAAGACCUCACCUUUCUCCAUAUUACCUGGCAUUAAAGCUCACUGUUAGGGACCCAUUCAAGAGAAUGGGACUGGAAUUGGGAUACUUUUCAAACUUCAAAGUGGCCUGUGUGCCAGGUGCUAAAUCCUUGUCAACUAGUACAUCAUUUAGUUCUAAUGAUCCCAAGAGCUCUCUGCUGGCACUCUUCCUCCACAGAGCCAGGUAACUUGCCCAGAGUCACACUGUCCACAUGGCUAGCACAGAAAGCAGCAGGAUCCCAAGGCUGCCAGCUUGGCCACAUCACUGCCUUUUCACUGCCCGUGAAUUCGGGUUUAGUAUCCUGUUUACAUUUUGUGGAACUACUGGGGGGGAUUGAACCCUGGGGCACUCUUCCACUGAGCUACAUCCCCAGUCCUUUUUAUUUUUUUAAUUUUGAAACAGGAUCUGGCUAAGUUGCCGAGGCUCGCCUUGAACUUGCAGUCCUUCUGCCUCAGCGUCCCAGGUUGCUGGGAUUACAGGCAUGCACCACCUGCCCAGCUAUUAUCCUUACCUUAUAGUUGACAUAACCGAGUCCUGGAGAGGUGAAUGACUUGGCUAGGGUCCUACUGUGAGUGAGAUCAGGCUAGAAUGUAGGCCUCUAGCACUGGCUCAAUGUUGGGAGUGGUGUGGACAUGUGCAGGGUAAGUGACCACAGUGCCCAGUCAAUCAGGAACAACACCAGGAGAGGGGCUGGGGGUUACAGUGUGAUGGGGAAGCAGGCAGGACACUUGCCCCAGCCUCCCUGAUGCCUGUGUGUCCAGCCUUGUCCCUGUUUCCUCCCCACCGGCAGCCCCUCCUGGUGCAAGACCUGCCCAACCCCUCAGUGGCUUCUCCUUGGCGUGGCUUCAGGGAGGGCCCGCCCUGUCAGAAGGGUCAGGGUCAGUAUUAGAGGUGCUGAAGAUGCCCAAGGGGGUGCCCAGGUGGCAGGGUGACUAUCAAUGGGAAAGCCGCCUUCCAGCUUGGGAUGGGUGCCGCAGAGGCCCGCGUGACCUUGCUGCUGACAUUCCUCAGAGGCCACGUGGCCCCAACUGGCAGGGACAGCUGCAGACAGGGGCCGAACCAGCUUUGUUACCAGGGUGGCGCCCACUCUCCAUCCAGGCCCUGUUCAGCUCCUGUUCAGACUCUGCUUUCCUUUCCGGGGCUCACUGGGCAACCGGCACUGUGGGUCCUAUGCCAUGAGGGCCUAGAGGCACCCAGAGCCACCAGGGUCCCCCCGUGAGCCUCAGGGCUUUGAGAAAAUGGGGCAGGACCAGACAAAGCAGCAGAUUGAGAAGGGGCUGCAGCUGUACCAGUCCAACCAGACUGAGAAGGCGCUGCAGGUGUGGAUGAAGGUCCUGGAGAAGAGCUCUGACCUCGUGGGGCGCUUCCGUGUGUUGGGCUGCCUGGUCACAGCCCACUCGGAGAUGGGCCGCUACAAAGAGAUGCUGAAGUUUGCCGUGGUCCAGAUCGACACUGCCCGGGAACUGGAGGAUGCCGACUUCCUCCUGGAGAGCUACCUGAACCUGGCGCGCAGCAAUGAGAAGCUAUGCGAGUUUCACAAGACCAUCUCCUACUGCAAGACCUGCCUCGGCCUGCCUGGCACCAGGGCAGCCUCCCAGCUGGGGGGCCAGGUCAGCCUGAGCAUGGGCAAUGCCUUCCUGGGCCUCAGCCUCUUCCAGAAAGCCCUGGAGAGUUUCGAGAAGGCCCUGCGUUACGCCCACAACAAUGAUGAUACCAUGCUCGAGUGCCGCGUCUGCUGCAGCCUGGGCAGCUUCUACGCCCAGGUCAAGGACUAUGAGAAAGCCCUGUUCUUCCCCUGCAAGGCCGCGGAGCUUGUCAACGACUAUGGCAAAGGCUGGAGCCUCAAGUACCGGGCCAUGAGCCAGUAUCACAUGGCCGUGGCUUACCGCCUGCUGGGCCACCUGGGCAGUGCCAUGGAGUGUUGCGAGGAAUCCAUGAAGAUCGCUCUGCAGCAUGGGGACCGGCCGCUGCAGGCGCUCUGCCUACUCUGCUUCGCUGACAUCCACCGAAGCCGAGGGGACCUGGAGACAGCCUUCCCCAGGUAUGACUCUGCCAUGAGCAUCAUGACUGAAAUUGGAAACCGCCUGGGGCAGGUGCAAGUGCUACUGGGUGUGGCCAAGUGCUGGGUGGCCAGGAAGGCGCUGGACAAGGCUCUGGACGCCAUCGAGAGAGCCCAGGACCUGGCUGAGGAGGUGGGCAACAAGCUGAGCCAGCUCAAGCUGCACUGCCUGAGCGAGGGCAUCUGCCGCAGCAAGGGGCUGCAGCGGGAGCUGCGAGCCCACGUUGUGCGCUUCCACGAGUGCGUGGAGGAGACGGAGCUCUACUGCGGCCUGUGCGGGGAGUCCAUAGGCGAGAAGAACAGGCGGCUGCAGGCCCUGCCCUGCUCCCACAUUUUCCACCUCAGAUGCCUGCAGAACAAUGGGACCCGGAGCUGCCCCAACUGCCGCCGCUCAUCCCUGAAGCCUGGCUUUGUAUGACUUGCAGCAGCAGCAGUCUGGUCUCCCCCCACAACUCCCUUUGCCCUCCACCAUCAGACUGAAGGCCCAGGUUUGCUCCUGGAGCAGCCACAGGCCUCUUCAGUCAUAGCCAGGGCCUGGGCCUGCCCACUGCUGCUCCUUCAGGCCCAGCUGCCCUCCCCUGCCUCUUUGUACUUUGCUCUUUACAGAAAAAUAAAUGGUUUGUGCCUGA